GUGAAUACAAAAUUUUAAUCGGCCCCUACAACAUUCCUUAUUGGAUCAUGAUCAAAUCCAGUCUCUUUCUUCUUAUUUCAGUUCUGUGCCACUUCUGUGAUGAUGGCAUAUUUUGAGUUUUGUGGUGGUUUAGUGCAACCUAACCUAACAUUUUUGUACAUGUGUUGAUUCUAAUAUAACAAAUAUCUUUACAAUUUCUAAAGUAAUGAAUAUUUUACGUUUAAUAGAAUAAUGCAUGGAAGUUCCGUAUUUUUACCCUCCAGGGGAUUAGGUUAUGUCAGUAAUCACAUACCUUUACAAGUAAGAUACAUAAAAAGUAGAAAAGAGAAUCUUAUUAUUACAUGUGUUGGAAAAUCUUUUCACACAUACGGAAUAUCUCAUUUUGGUUUAUUAAGUGUAAGUGGUCUUCACCAUGACGAUAUUAAUUGUAUGACUGCAGAUGCCUACCACGUAUAUACAGCUGUAAACAAUGUAAUCUAUGCCUGGAGGAGAGGCACAGAACUGAAACACACUUAUAAGGGUCACAAGAAGAAUGUACACCUUAUGAUACCGUUUGGUGCCCAUCUUAUUUCAGUAGAUGAAUCUAGUAAUGUAAAAAUAUGGGACAUUAAAGCAGAAACUGUUCACUUUGAACUUACGUUUAGUAAUGAAACUUUUAAUAUUCGUGCUAUUUUACAUCCUAGUACCUAUAUAAAUAAAAUAUUACUUGCCAGUGAUAAUGGUAGUAUGCAGUUAUGGAAUAUCAAUAAUGCUAAAUUAAUUUAUACAUUUAAAGGAUGGAAAGCUGGGAUUAGUUGCCUGGAACAGGCCCCAGCAAUUGAUGUAGUUGCUAUAGGUUUAACUACUGGAAGAAUAAUUCUUCAUAAUUUAAAAUUUGAUGAAACUCUCAUGGAAUUUACCCAAGAUUGGGGCAUAGUUACCUCAAUAUCCUUUAGAACAGAUGGCAGCCCAAUAAUGGCAACAGGUAGUGCUUGUGGUCACAUAGUUUUUUGGGAUUUAGAAGAAAGAAAAGUUUCUAGUCAGCUUCAGGCUGCUCAUGAUGGGGCUGUUACAGGAAUGGUGUGCCUUUCAAAUGAACCUUUGGUCAUUACUUCUUCACCAGAUAAUACUUUGAAAUUGUGGAUUUUUGAUAUGACUGAUGGGGGAGCAAGAUUAUUAAGGAUAAGAGAAGGCCAUUCAGCAACACCUUCUUACAUUCGCUUCCAUGGUUCAAAUGGACAUAAUAUUUUAAGCAGUGCUGGUGAUUCAACUUUAAGAAUAUUUAACACUCAGACGGAACAAUUUAAUAAAAGUUUAGGUAAAGCUUCUUACAAUAGAAAAAUAAGCAAAAAACGUGGUAGGGCUGUUGAAGACCCUCUAAAAAUGCCUCCUAUCAUUCAAUUCACUUCAGAAAUAACAAGAGAAAAGGAGUGGGACAAUAUUGCUGCUAUACAUAGUGAAAUUGCUCUUGUAACUACAUGGUCUUAUGACAAAGUCAAAAUGGGACAACUUAAAUUGUUACCAGAAAGAUUUCAAAAGAAAAAUAAAGAUGUUAAUUUAGAAGUUGUGGCUUCAUGUUUAAGCCUGUCUCAUUGUGGUAACUUUGUUAUUGUUGGUUAUAGCACUGGACAUGUAGAUAGAUUUAAUAUGCAAUCUGGACUUUGGAGAGACUCAUAUGGCAGUCCAAAAGCACAUAAAAAUCCUGUUCGUGGCGUCAUGAGUGACACCCUCAAUCAAAUUGUAGUUACAGGAGGAGGCACCAAAGUAAAGUUUUGGAGGUUCAAAAACAAAGGAACUACAUCUUUAGCUGUAAUUCCUCUGGAUGAACCAAUUAGUUUCUUCAGAUCUCAUCAAGAAAGCUCAAUGUUGGCAAUUGCUCUGGAAGAUUAUUCUUUUUUUAUCAUGGAUAUUGACACUAAAAGAAUAGUGAGAAAGUUUUUUGGCCACACUGCACAACUUACAGAUGCUACUUUUAGCCCAGACUCAAGAUGGUUAGUUACUUCUUCCAUGGACUGUUCAAUAAGGACCUGGGAUAUACCAUCAGGCCAACUAGUAGAUGAAUUUUCCACAGAUGCUGCUUGUAUUUCGAUAGAUUUUUCUCCAACAGGAGAAGCUUUAGCUACAGCACAUAUUGAUUAUUUAGGAAUUUUCCUUUGGAGUAAUAAAACACUCUAUAGUAAAGUUACUUUAAAGGCUCUGAUACCUAGUGCUGAACCUCCUUUAGUUAUAUUACCUGAAUGUAGACAAGAAGCUUUGGAAGAAGAAGAAGAAGAAAUCAAGACAGAAAAUGAUGAAUUUGUAUCACCUGAACAAAUAAGUCAAGAAUUGAUUACCUUAUCAGGUCUUUCAACAUCUAGAUGGCAAAACUUACUUAAUCUUGAUUUAAUUAAGAAGAGGAAUAAACCUAAGGAGCCUCCAAAAGCUCCAAAAGCUGCCCCAUUUUUCCUUCCAACUAUAGCAUCCUUAAAUAAUAUCCAGUUUGAUGUGAGGCCGGAAAAUGAUGAACAUAGUAAAUUUGUUGUUCCUAUAAGUUUUGUUAACUUGACAGAUUUUGGAAAAUUACUAAAUGCUUCCAUCGAAAAUAGUAAUUUUGAAGCAGUUAUAGAGAAACUAAAAAGUUGUGGUCCUUCCAUGACAGAUUUUGAAAUUAAAUCUCUUUCCCCUGAUAAUGGUGGUUCUACAGAAGUUAUGUUACAAUUUAUGAAAUGUAUAGAAUUUAUGUUAAAAUCAAACAAAGAUUUUGAACUCGCUGAAGCAUAUUUGGGUGUGUUUUUGAAGACACACAGUCUCAUAAUUGCUCAAACCAAUACACUAAGAGAGUAUUUACCUCAUAUUAUGAGUUGUCAUAAUGUCGCAUGGGAGAGAUUACAAGAAAAAUUGCUUUAUUGCACUUGUGUUGUACAAAACUUAAAGACUAUGUAAGUUGUAAUAUACAUUUUAAUAAAAUGUUUUUUUUA